GCGCAGCCAGGUAAUUCUUUUGUUCCAACAUUUUUCGACUAACAAAGUCCCGCAGCUACGCGGAAAUCAGGUUGGAGUGGCCGCCACUGUUUUGACGUCCAGUAUCGUCGCCGACCGAGAGAGCGAUAACGACAAGUACCCACCACACGACGUGAUUCCCUCCUGCAGGCGAAGCUUUCGCUUCACCGCACCUCCGCCAUGGAGGUUUCCAGCAGCCACACCAACGGCUAUUCGAAAACACCAAACGGAAAGAUGAACGGCCAUUCUAUUGGCGUCAAGAGGAACGCGCCGCGUCAGGGCCCCAGCCUGGUCGGUCGCCUGUUUAGCAUCAUUGCCAGGAUCGCAACCUGGUGGACCAUCAUCACAGUUCUUUUCCGAUGCCCUUCAACGUUAGAAGACUGCGACGAGUCAUCGCCUCUCGCGUGCCGCACCUACUUCCAAGCAAAGAAUGUCCUGGCACCUCACGUCGAGCCAUACUACGAAACAUACGCUGCGCCCUACGUGGAGCUGGCCCAGCCAUACUACAACAUUGCCAACGAGCGCGUCUUGACACCAGUCAAGGGCUAUGCCACCAAGUACGGUGCGCCUACUCUGCGCCAGGCCCAAGCAUAUGGCCAAGCUCAAUGGUCCCAGAACGUUUCCCCCCAACUUGCUGUUUAUCAGAAGGCCGCCACUGAUAAGUAUGACGAGACGGUGGCUCCUCACGUCGCCAAGCUGUCCGAAGCAGCAACUCCUUACUAUGAUAUUGCUCGAACCAGCGCUCUCCAGACCUAUCAUGAGUUUCUGCUUCCUGCAUACAUCCUCGCGCAACCCUACGCCGUCCAGGGUUACGAUGCAGCCGCUCAAUUUACCACCGACACGAUCAUCCCUUCUGCGAACUGGGCAUGGAACAAGACAUUUGUCUUCCUUGAUACGACUGUCUGGCCUCAAGUACGUGUUUUGUACGUCAAAAACGUCGAGCCGCAGCUUGCAAGGAUUGGACAGCGCCUCGGGCGUUACAAGGACAAGUCAAAGGCUGCCGUUGAAAGCGUGCAGGAAGGCAUCAGUUCCGAAGCCUCCUCUUUCGUCAAGCCUGCGUCCUCUGCGGUAUCCUCGGCCACGUCCAGCGUUUCGUCGAGCAUUGCUUCCGCAUCCAAAAUCGAGAGUGCCACCCAUAUCCCGGUCGCUGUCAAUGUAGCCAAGCAUGACGCCAGCGAGCAAGUUGUUGCGCCGCCCGCCGACGUCAACGAGUCUGAUCUCCGCAAGACAACCCGUGAAACCGUUGCUGAGGACCUCGAAAGCUGGCAGACCAAGUUCGCCAAGGCAGCUGACGAGGGUGCCAGCGAAAUCGAAGACCGUAUCGAGGAGAUAUCUCAGCGCAUGGUCAAGGAGAACGUCGACGACAUCGGCGCCAGCCUCCUAAAGGGUCUCCAGGCCACGUCCAAGGCUGAGGUUGAGGCUCUGCAGAACGACAUCAUGGUGAUUGUCAAGAACGCGGGCGAUGACCGUGCGGCUGGUGAGCAGGAUCUGAACGCUGCCGUUCGACGUGCUGGUCUAGCCGUCAAAGAGAAGGCCCAAGAGAUCCGUGCUUGGAAGGAGAGCUUCGAGCUCGAUAUGGAGGCGGCUAUCACCGACGCCGCUGAGUCCCACUUCAAGAUCCUGGACAGCAUCCGCGAUUUGGCCCUGCAGCGCAUUGGCAUGAAAUGGGCUUGGAUGGAUGGCGUGACCUACAAGGACUGGGCCAAGUUCCACGAACUCAAGUACCGUUUUGACGAGUGGACCAACGACCUCAAGAAGCUUAUCAUUACCCAUCCGGCACUUGAGGAUGCUCGUGAAGCUUCUGGCAAGAUUGAGGACUCCGGUAUGGCAGCUGCGCAAUCAGCGGCACAGGAACUUGUCAGGCUCAAGCAGGUCGGCCUUUGGAAGAUUGUCGCUGGUGAUUCAUCCGACAACUUCGACAGCGAUGCCAUGCGCUCCGCUUCCGAGGCUGCGGAAGAGGCUAAGGCCAAGGGCGCUGCCUUUGCUGCCGCGCAAGCUGCCGCUGCUUCUCGUGCUGCAGAAGAGUCUCGAGCUGCGGAGGCCGAGGCUGAGGCAUCUCGCGCUGCAGAGGAAUCCAAGGCUGCUCAAGCUAUCACCGAUGCCAGCUCCGCCCCUGAAGCCGAUCCUCUCGAAGAAGCUGCUCACAUCAUCGAGGACGAGUCUCCCGCCACUGAUCUUCCCAUUGACGGCUCGUCCGCACCCCAGGAAGACCCGCUUGAAGCUGCUGCCAAUGUCCUCGAGGAUGAGUCGCCCGCCGACAAUCUCCUUGAGGAACAAUCUAUUCUCUCACAGGUCAGCAGUGCGACCGAUGCUGCCUCCAGCGUUGUCGAGAGCGUGGUCUCUCAAGCUUCUGACGCGGCCAGCAGCGUUAUCAGCGAUGGCUCUACCAUCAUUGCAGGUAGCGCCUCUGCCCACGACGACCUGGCCUCAACAGUGAUUGAGGGGGAUGAUCAAACCUUCGUCGUCAAUAACACGGGCUCAUCGCCUGCCGAAGAUGACGCCCAGAAGCCUGUGACUCCCGAGGAAAAGGCUGAGGAGCAUCUUGAGGAGCAGCUCGAGGAAGAAAUCAUCCCCGAAUCUGUGGAGGACCAGCCCGUCUCUGCUGAGACAGAGACAGUCAAACCUGCUUUCCUUGGAGUUGCCGCUCAGUCGGUCGCCAACCGCAAAGGACCUAUCCUCGACGAUGACGAGAGCACUGUUGAGAGUCUUUCCGGAAAGGCACAGGAGGCCUACUCCCACGCUGUUGCUCAAGCAUCUGAGAAAUACUCGCUCGCCAUGUCAGCUGUGUCUGCUCAGCUCUACGGCACUCCGGAGCCGGAGCCCGUGCAAGAGAAGAUGUUCGCCUCCGUCUCUGGUGCCUACGCCGGAGCUAUGGAUGCAGCCAACUCCCGUCUCAGCGAAGCUCUGGAAGCUGCGUCGAGGCGUGUCUAUGGCACCCCCACUGCUGCCGCCUCUCCCUCGUACGAUUGGGCCUCGGUCGAGUCAUUGGCGUCUCAACGCUUGCAGGAGGGCCGUGCCUGGGCUGAGGAACAGUACGAGUCUGCCAAGAUUGCCCUGGGCCUCGCCACGGCCACACCGACUGCCUCAACCGAAAAGCUCCUGGACCAGGCCAAAUACAACUAUUACGCUGGUCUGGGUGCUGCUCACGCCCGCUACUCGGAGUUCCUCUCUGCGGCGUCCGCUGCCAUGAGCUCUCUCACCGCCACAGCCACCCCCACCAACCUAGCCGGAACCGCGUCGUCUGUUGCAUCUGUUGCUACCGCUUCUGCCAAUGCGGUUGCAUCCGGUGCUCAAGAGGACGGCCUGUCCGUCGCAUCUUACGUCAGCGAAGGGUUCGAGGCCGCUGUCUCGAUCGUCGGAGACACUGUCAAUGCGGCAGCCCAGGAAGUCCUUGAUGCUGCCGAAGCCGUUGAGCGAGGUGUCGUCGAUACUUGGGAGAAUGUCGUCCAUCAUUUGAGCGUUCAGGUGUAUGGCGCGCCUACUCCCACGGCUUGGUACGGCAACGCGUACUCCGACGUUGAGAAGUACGCCGCACAAGCCUCGGAGCAAGCUGCCAAGCAAUACGAGGUCGUUCAGAACAUUGUGCAGGAGCUCAUCAAGGGCAAAGAGCCAUCGUACUCCGAAAGCAUUCUUGCGCGUCUCCAAGCCGCCUACGCUACGGGCGCCGCAUCUGCUGCCUCUUACCUGAACGAGGCCACCGCUGCCGCUGGCGACUCGGUCAAUGCGGCCAAGGAGAAAGUUAAUGCCGCUGCCGACGCUGUGAAAGACGGCGUCCGACGUGACGAGCUGUAA